GCACGGGCUACGGCCUCACCAGUCGGUUGCGCGUUACCAAGCCAAGUGGAUGAGGUUGUUCAUGUGCCUCGCGUCUGUACAUUCAUUUCACCCAUACACUCUGUGCAAUCGUGCAAUAGUUUUUUUAUUGUUUAAUUAUUAUUUCAUUUUUUCAUUUACUAAUGAGUAUAAAGUGCUGAGUUUCAUAUUCAAUACUGCCCUGUUAAAGGCUGUGAGUUACUAAACUGUGUGGAGAUAUUCGUUUACUGGAGUGUGUGCAUUGUCGGAAUAAAGAAAGGAUAUCACGGGAUUUUUUUUCCCAUUUUUUAUCGAGAGGAAAUUAAUACUGAGGAUUGAUUUCAAGUAAUCGGUGAAUUGACGUUGAUCGAUUUUUUUUAUAAAAAACAUAUACGAUAAAUAAAUAAAGAUGGGAGCGCGACACAGCAAGAGGUCUAUGGACGUUACAACAACACCCAAGAAGGAGGGUUUACCCGCUGAGGGUGGUGAUGCUGCACCAGUUGGUGAGGGAAAACUUGAGAGGAUCGAGGAGGCCGAUGUCAAGCCAACCACCAACGGUGUAGGUGCACACACAGAGGCCAGUGAGGAUAAAGACGCCAAGGACAAGGACGCGACUACAGAGAAGGAGGAGACAAAGGACGAUGAGGAGGCAAAGGUAGAGGAGACGAAGGCGGAAACGCCGGCUGAAACACCGGCCGAGGUUGGUGAUGCAACGACACCAACCGAAGGCACACCAGCCAGUCCUACAUCUGCAACAUCACCAGACACAAAGGAAUCCAAAAAGAAGGAGAAGACAAAAAAGAAGUGGUCGUUCAGGACGAUAAGUUUUGGAAAGAAGGACAAGACCAAGCCCGUUCGUGAGGACGCACCCAAGAAUGGUGAUGUCAGCAAAGAGCCCCUUACUGAGGGAGGUGAGGAAGCCGAGGCAAGUCCAGCAGAAGAGAAAUCAACCCCAGCGAGUCCCACGGAGGGAGUAACCCCAGCCGAGCCAGUGGAGUCAGCCACCCCAGAAGCACCAGCAGCAGAAUCUGAUGACAAGAAUGAGGCAUCCUCAACCCCUGCCCCCACUCCCGUCCCGCUCGAGGCACCCAAAGACGAUGAGAAAGCUGAUAAAAAACCCGAGGAGGAUAGACUUGCUGAUAACAACGUGGAUAUGGUGCAGUGUCCAUUAUAUAAUGCAGACAUCGUGAAUAAAGACCAGAGCAUAGCCGAGCCAGAAGCACCAGUCGAGAAGACCAACGAGGUGACGACAGAAAAAGUGGAGGAAGCCCCUAAGAGCCCUCCACCAUCUGUUCCAACUGAGGUUUCUGCACCUGCAGCACCUGUCAUCACUGAGGACGUUGCAUCAGUAACUAAAGCCAUCGAAGAAAUCGACAUCAACGAGAAGGCAGUCGCAGCGGCAGUAAACGAGAACAUCGAGAGUGUCAAUACGAAUGAAAUAAUUGCCGAUAUGAAUCACCAAAACACCCUGAACGAAUAAGCGCCGCUAAACGAAUUUGUAUUUUGGGAAGAAGAAACUUUUUUUUUCUCGUUAAAGCCAAAAAAAAAGUAUAUUAUAUAGAUAUGUAUAUUUGGACCAUUCCUGCAAACUAAACUGAAUAACAAUUUUUUUUUGCGUUAAUGAGCAGCAACAGCAAAAACACUGUGAAAAGUAUCAACGACAUGAAAUAACUGAUGUUGUUGAACAUCGACACGAGGGCAUAACAAACAACUCUUUCGUUUUUAAUAAUAAAAAAAAAAUAUAAAUUUUAUUUCGAAAUUCGUAGGGCCCAUUAAUUGUACAAUUCGACAGGCAGGGGUGGUGGAGAGAUUUUCCUUUUCAAAAUUGUCAAUUUAAUAACAAAUGAAUUUUUUUUAAUCAAUUCACAAUUGAAGUGAAGUUAAGUGUUAACAAUCAAUUUGAGAUUAGGAAAAACAAGCGGCAAGAGAUUUAUUUUACAGGUGACUGGGCUCUCUGUAAAAGACAUCUUGUCAUUUUGUUUUUUAAACAAUUAACGAAACUUCGAAAUAAACUUAGAUGCAAACUUCACUAGAAUUCAAACGAUUGAAAGAAAUAAAAAAUGGAUAGGCAAAAAAAAAUACAGCAGGCGAUGAGGUAAUUUCCGAGUCAACAGUUCUCUAAUCGAUUGACUGAAAUUGAAGCCACGAAUAACACCGAUUGAUCGCCGCCAAUGAUCGAUCCCUGCAGUUUUAAAAGAAAAAAAAAUUAUGUAGAAAUUUAAAAAGUGUCAUUAAUUGUUACUAAGAUAAUUCUAAUGGGGAAAAAAAUUAUUAAUGUAGCAGUGAGACGAGCGACAAAAUUCGUGGGCGAAAGAAUUAAUUAAUUGAAAGAGCUGAUUGUGUGUUCUGUUCAAUUGGCUUAAAUCAUCGUAUUUACCUCGUAAAAAAGAAAAAAAUACUCAUAAGAAUAAUAAGGUGAAUACGAGCGAGUAAAUUACGUACCCUUGGCAUCAAUAAUUGUCACGAAUAAUGAUCGAGAGUGUAAGGAGGAGAUGAGGACUAAGGGCGUGAGUGAAAAAAUUUUUUUUGUAAGUAAGAAAAUAAAUGUGUGUGAGAGACUGAGUGAGACAAUUAUCGAUUGAUGAUUGAUUAAUGAAGGGUACUGAGCCAAUACGUGACACACUGCAUUAAUUAUUAUUUUUUCGUGCUCGUGGAAUGGACAUUCGAUCUGAUAACUUCUGUUUUUAAAUUUUUAAUUACGUAGAGAUGGUUGAAGGAGAUUAGUAAAAAAGUGUUUCCAUUAUUUCGCUGUUAUCACCUGAAUAACACCCUUCAAAAGCAAAUGGCGAAAUAAAUUGCAGCCUCCAUGAAUCAGGUGAAACUCCUCAAGAAAAUCUGCAUCCCACAAUUUCGUCAAUAUCUCUGAAGCCGUUGGGCUUACGGGAAAAUGUCAAGAGACACUUUUUGACGGGAAUUAAAAGUUCCGAAGGAAGUGUCUAUUGUCAUUUUCUCGUAGAGCUCAUCCUUUCAGAGUUAUCUGCCGAGAAAGAUCUCCUUCUCUACUUCCCUACCAACCCAACACUUGAAAUUCUCCCUUCAUUUUCUUCAAUUUUAUUAAUUUCCUUCAAUGCGUUAAUUGCCAAGCUACGCACUUCCACAAUGCGAAUGCACGCACACAGAUACGAGAAAAAAAAACAAUUUACGAAACAAAACAUACGAUUACAGUAAGAGCCAACGUAAGUGAUAUAUAAUCUAGACGUAGAAUGAAAAAAAAACGAAGUUAAAAAAUCGUAUGUGUAAAUUCGACGUUCGAGGGGCUACUCUUAACGAAAAAGACACUUUACCCAACGACGAAAGCCUAUCGUAAUUUUAUGAUAAUCAUUUUAACAAAAUAAAUGAAACGAAGAAAACAACAAGUGGGAAAAAAAACCCCAAACUAUCGCCUAAUUAAACGUAACAAAUGAAAAUGUCAAAAAAAUCGAUUAAAUUAAAGUAACGAGACCCGCACAAUAUUUACCAUCCCCCCGAAAAUACAAAAAAAAAACCUAAAUGAAUAAUACAUUUUUCAACGUUUUUACUACGAUGUUUCUACGUUUAUACGAAUCUUCAUGAGAGAAAAAAAUAAUAGGAGGAGAUAAAAAAUAAUUAAAAAAUAAUUGCCUACAAACGAAUUUUGUUGAUAAGGGCCGUAGCUUAGAUAACGCAUAUAUGUAUAUGCCUCACAUCGGAAAAUAUUUCUAAGUGUUAGAGUCUUCUUUUCAUAAUUCUUCUUUUUUUUAACGAUAUCAAGUGAGCGAUUCACUCGCAUUUGCAUUGAUUUUAAUGGAUUUAAUUUAACGAAUAAAAAAAAUGAUAAAUUAAAAAUGAA